CUCACAACAGCCAAUAAUUCAGGCCGCAUAAAAUUGAUUCAAGGCUUAUGAAGAAUGGCAGCCAGUAGUUUACAAGCAGUCAAGCAAGUGCUCAGGAAGAGGAUCAGAGGAGCUCUAGCCUCCAUGUCUGAGCAGCAGAGGAGAGAGGAAUCUCAAGAGCUAGUCAGAAAAUUAUUGUUGACUGAUGAGUACAAGUCCAGCUCCAGAGUGUCUGUGUAUCUGAGCAUGUCCAAUGAGGUGCAGACAGAGGGGAUACUAAAGGAUGUGUUCUCCAGUGGGCGAAUGUGUUAUAUUCCCUGGUAUGAUACUGGGAGCACUCGUAUGGAGAUGCUCAGAGUGACAUCACUGGAGGAGAUUGCAGCGCUGCCCCUCACUAAGUGGAACAUCAGACAGCAUAGGAGUCCUGAUGCUGCUGAGAAUGCACUGAGCAGUGGUGGCCUGGACCUUAUAGUCUCUCCAGGACUGGGCUUCAACAAGGAAGGGCACAGACUUGGACAAGGGAAGGGCUACUAUGAUACCUACUUGGCUCGAUGUCAUGAUCAGGGUCUAUCUCCACUAACUAUUGGCAUGGCGUAUCGUUGUAUGGCCUGUGAGGAGGUCCCCAUGUCAGAACAUGAUAGCCCAAUGGACAAAGUGUUGUUUGUGUCAUAGCAAGAUAAUUAUUGGUAUGCAUUAAAGUUAAUGAUAAUCAUUGCUUAUAAAUUGCUGAUCUUGCACGAUUUGAA